AUGUUCAGAACUGGCCUUUUGUCUCGACCCGUUAGGUCCAUUGUGUCGGUGGUCGCAAUAGGCUCCGGCGCAUACUUCGCCCAGUCUCUUCUAUCAACAGCCCACGCCGAGUCCAAAGAACCCCCCAAAGCCUUUGCAGGCUUCGGUUUCACCACUCUACGACUCCAAAGCACCAAAUAUGUCAACCACAACACGAAAAGACUCGUCUUUGAAUUUCCCGACCCGACCGCAACAAGUGGUCUCUCUUUAACAUCUGCCCUCCUCACAGUCACCCGUCCUGAAGGACGAUGGCUUCCCGUACCAAGGCCAUACACCCCCAUCAGCGACCUAAACCAACAAGGCACCAUCGAAUUCAUGGUCAAAAAAUACCCCAACGGCAAAGCCAGCAGUCACAUCCACUCCCUGGUUCCGGGUGACACACUCACAUUCGCAACUGCACUGAAAGGACACGCCUGGACACCCAAUCAGACCAGCCAAGUCUACCUAAUUGCAGGUGGUGCAGGCAUAACGCCAAUCUACCAGCUUGCACAGGGAAUCCUGAAUAACCCCGCCGAUACCACGAAGAUCAAUCUCAUUUUCGGGGUUAAUACUGAGCGCGAUUUAUUGCUCAGAGAGGAGUUGGAGGGUUUCAAAAGCCGGUUCCCUGAUCGCUUUGAUUAUACUUAUGUUGUUAGUCAUCCUGAGGGAUUGGGUGAUGGGUUCCAGAAGGGAUAUAUUACUCAGGAGUUGUUGGGGGGUGUUUUGAAGGAUGGAAAGGCGAAGGUCUUUGUUUGUGGUCCCCCUGCUAUGGAGACAUCGUUGGUUGGUCCUUGUGGGAGGGCUGGGAUUUUGGCUCGUCUUGGGUUUGAGAAGAGUCAGAUCGUGAAGUUUUAG